GUUUUUUGUUGAAGUGGAUUUGUUUUUGGUGAAAUAUGUCAAAAAAACACUGAAAUUAAACACUUUUUAAAUAAAUGGCAUGUUGACUCCCUGUCUCAUCAGAUUGUUUUGAUAAACUCUGUCUGGUUUCCAUGAUGCAGACCCAUCUCUGCAAUGCCAUUGACUUUUUACAACUAUUGGAGGAAGAAUACCUGUUAGUCUAUUAAAUGGUAAACACAAAAUAAAAAUGAGAAAAAAUCCUAAAAGCUGGAAAAGUUUGGUCUGUCUUUGUUUUUAAGAAAUCAUGUAAAUGCAUUGACCAAUCAGAGAGGCUGACAGAUACUCCAGAUGGCUGCUGCUUGCUGGAGUCAUGUUUCACAGCUCGUCUUCUGCAUGUGUUUGAGUCUGAAACACUUACCAUUCAGCUGAAGACACUCAAGAGCUUAACAUAUCGACAUCGGCUGAGUGUGUUUGACUCCAGGAAGAAAACCAGAUUGCUUUGGAGAAAGUUUGCAGAUUUCCAGAAGCCCGUCCUGGUGGUUUCUUGUGCUGAGGAAUGGCCAUACCGACCAUGACUGACUCCAGCAGGCUUACUGAGGUGUCCACGCUGCCUUAUCUGGAUGCACGGACCUCAACGUCAGACACAGAGUGUGGAGAGGAGUCUGAUCUCCAGCCAAGAGUUCUGGAGGAACCUCAGGCAGUGGGUGCAGAAGACACUGGAACACCAGACAUCAUCGUGUCGAGGGAUGAGGAAUAUCAAACGUCUGGCUUUACAAGUAAAGAAGACAACAACAUCCAGUCGAGCAUCAGCAGCAGGUCAGAUGCAGAAAGAGAGAAGAAAUCUACUGCUUGCUGCUUCAGAAAACGUCACAGGAAACACCGAACAGAGAUUACAGACACGAGGAAAACAAGAGAGACGUGUAGAAAAGACAGCGCAAGAAUGAGAAGAAAUUCUCCAGUCUUUUCAGACCCGAAGACCUGCGGCUCCUCAAGAUGCUCCAAAGAUCAAGACGUGUUCUCAUCCCGACCUCAGCAGGUUACUCCAGAUCUCCGUCUGUGGAAAUAUCCUCAAGAUGCUGGUGUUUCCCGUCUCUGCCUUCACAAGCUGGAGGUCGACGUUCCUUCGACCUUUGAGUCUCGCAGUUUGGAACCAAACCUCCACUCUGAGUUUGCAUAUAUUUACGCUGAAAGCAUCAAAGGAUGCGACUCUUCCUGUUGCACUACUCCAGGAGACUGUAAUACCCACAAUCCCUUUGUCAAAACUGAACGAGAGCCUGAAUCUGUCUGGAACAGCUUUGAGGAAGAAUCUGAAGACUCCGAUUGGGAUUUAUACAUGUCUGCGCACAGUACAGCGGCUACUGCAGGUUCCAGAUUGAACGCUGAGCGCUUUGGGUCUUUAGAUGACUUUGACUUGACUUGUAUUUAUACAGACUGGGAAAGGAGAGCCGACAGUGCAGAAACCGAGCAGGGUUACAGUCCCGCCGAAGCGGAGUGGGGCUCCGAGAGUUCAUGUUCCACCGCUGACAGACAAACCAGCAGCUCGGAUUCAGACGGCUGCCGUUUAGAGGCUCUCGGUGACAUCAAAUGUCCAGACGGAUGGCCUGAAGUGUUUCUGCCAGGAUUUGAGGGCUGCUUUGACUGCUGGGAUGUAGUUGAAGACAUCUGCAGAGGCACAGAGAGCGAUUCUGAGGAUACAGGUGAACUGUGGGGUGUCGUGACUCAAAUGGACCGCCGGCAUUUCUCUGAAUUUUUCUGUGAAAUGGUUAAAGAAGUGACGCAGGAGAAAGACGCAGAGAAAAUGAAUGUAAAUGAGGGGUUUCUGUUCCACCCUAAGCAGUUCCUCCAGGUGAAAAACUCAGAAUAUCGAGAGGGUCGUGAAUAUUCAUUUCUCCGUCACAUUCAAAACGGCUCAUAUGGAGACGUCUUCAGCAUUCGGGACAAACAAACAGGAUUUACGUGUGCCGCCAAAAAAAUUCCCCUUUGUAGUUUUAGGUGGGAGGAAGUGGAAACGUGGAGCAGGAUGGAGUCUCCUCGUGUCCUCCAGCUGUAUGGGGCCGUGAGAGAGGGGCCCAAUGUGAUUCUCUUCAUGGACCUGAAAAGAGGUUCUUUAGCUCAGUUGCUGAGAGUGAAGGGUGGUCUGUCUGAAGAGCUGGCUCUGUAUUAUCAUUCUCAGGUCCUGCAGGCUCUCCAGCACCUGCACAGCAGACGCGUCGUACACCUGGAUGUCAAAGUUGACAACGUGUUGCUGUCUGAGGAUGGCAGACAGUGUUUCCUCUGUGAUUUUGGACUCUCUGAGACUCUCAAUCAGGGUGGAUACAGCACCAAAACCUUCAGAGGGAACAUUCUGCGUGGCACUGAGUCUCAUAUGCCGCCGGAGGUGGCGAGGGGGGAUCCUCGCUCUGCUAAAGCUGACGUCUGGAGCAGCUGCUGUAUGUUACUGCACAUGCUCAACGGACACCAGCCCUGGACACGAUACUACCCUCAUCCUCUCUAUCUGAAGAUUGUGAGUGAGCCGCCUCCUUUAUGGGAGAUUCCACCUGACUGUGACCCGCUGACCUGUGAUGUCAUCGAAGCAGGACUGGUUAAGGAGCCGAGAGAGAGACAUUCGGCAUCAGAACUGCUGCAAAAGACUGUGAAAGCACUCAGAACAGUAUGUGGGCUCUCUGGUCCUGAGGAAUCAGCUAAACAGCAUUCAUCAUCUGCAUUCGAGGACUGUCUGAAUGUGAACUUGCACAAGACGCCUGUCCCAUCCAACACGGAAACUCCAGUGAAAACAAGUCCUCCUGGCUUCCCAGAAGACCUCUCAGCACCCACAAUCCACUGGGUGAGCACAUGGAGACAGACGGCACCAAAUGAGGAUGAUUCUGACUCCACGACGGAGGAGAGCGAGUGGGAUGAAGAUGCAGAUAUGAACAGACUAAGAAGAGACAAGAUGAGCAGCAGGAUAGACAGAUACUGGGGUGAGGAGGAAAAUAACGAGGAACAAAAUUUUUCAGAAGAUGACAGCGAGCUCGAAUCAGAUGAAGACACAUCGCAGAUCAAUGAAAAUGUCAAAGCGACAGAUCAAACAGAGACUGAAGAAAGCAAAACUGAUUAUUUCAUUGAAAAAAGAGUUGUGUUUGGAGGAUGCGGUGAAUAUGACAGAAGUAUUUUAGAGGAAUCAGAGAGCUGGGAUGGAGAGAUCCGAAGCGUUGUGGAUGACGAGGAGGUGGAGAGUGAUUUGGAGAGUCUUCGAGAGCUUGGCAGCGAUUGGGUGCAGGAGUGGGAGCCGUUUCUACAGCUCCAGACACUUUAUCGCCCAAAAGAAGCUCAACUGCAGAGCGAAGACAGCUAUUCGGAGUCUGAAGAAGAGUCGGUCAUGCUGAGGGAUAGUGACCAAAAAGGCACAAGUUUACAUGAUUCUCAUGGACCGCAGCCUUUCACCUGCACCAUCCGCUGUGACUCUGAGCAAGACCUUAGUGAUGAGGACUCUGAUGAUUUAAGCUCGGGGGUCUUUUCCUCCUGUAGCACUGCAGAUGGUCAAAGCUUCAAUGUGGAUUGGUCAGUGUCAACUGAUCAGACGCCAUCUUGCUACUUUGAAGGUCUUGGCGUGGAUAUAUGGGUUGAAGAUGUAAGCGGAGAGAGUUUAAAGAUCAGAGAGAGGCCUCAAGUGAAAAUCGGACACAUAGCUGUGGGAAUCAGUGAACAGAUAUCUCUGAGGACCUUCAGUUUGGCCACCCUAGACGGGCGUCUGGUGUCUCCGGACACAGAAGUGUGCGAGUCAGGCAUGUGGUUGCAGUGUGUCCCUGCUCCUGACGGCAGUCCCAGCUGGGAUUGGAGGGUCAGAGACGGAAAACUGGAGCUGCAAGAAUAUGAUGAACAUUCAGAUACCUGCUCAACUGUGGCACUCUAGCAAAAGUGACC